AAAAAAAUCAGAAGCGUCCAAAUUGCUAGCAGAGGGCGACGCAUCGAGAAACAAAUCAAAUUCAAAGUAGCCAGUGAACAGGAAACAUUGUUGUGCCUGUGCUAUCAGUUUGUCUGUGACUUUGUUAAACUACUUACGUUCGUGAUCAAUGAAACUUGUUGAAGAAUGGGCAUGAUUACCCGCGUGAGAGCAAGGCUGCAGAGUAUCAACACUCUAACGAAGAUUGACCCACGCAUCCAGGACGAGAAGACAGCACAAACAGUAUGCCUGCUGUCCGUGGUUCUGCUGUUGCCGUACUUUGCACGGGGUCACGCCUCAGUGCUGGUGAGCAGUAUGGGGAUCGCAUACUCCUGCCUCGUUCUGCCCAUGGUCAUCUCUGCCAACUACAAGUAUUCCCUAAGUGGCUUCCGACCUAUGGUUAUCAAUAUCAAAGAUAAAUGUGAUUUCAUCAUAAGACCUAUCACAGCAUUUGCAUUGCACGUAUAUGCUCCUCUAGACAGAACAGAGAAGCUUUUUAUGAAGAUGACUAAUAUUUUCACAAUGGUGAAUCAAUUGGUGUUUUUCAUGCUGUGUGACCGAGUACUGGUUCCUGGACAACGAGUGACAUGCCUCUACUCCCUCAUGUUCUACAACGUCAUUGCGUACUGCGUAGCGUACAUAAAGGAACUCAUUGAAAAAGAGGAUUGGUCACCCUAUGUGACAAUGACCGAGCAUUCCAAUAUCAAGCACCUUGCCAUGUCAGCGACGAAGAUUGUGUUGGAGUGGACGAAGGCAGUUACCUUCAUCAUCACUGUUGUUUUCAUGCUACUAGUUUUUGGGCUGGAGCAGGGCCUGGAGCACUAUCAUCCCACAUCACUCUACACUGCAAUCACAUGGUUCUAUUACAUGGCCACCGAGAAGGUUUUCGUUGAUAUCUUUCCUUCCCUCCUCCUCUUCCUACAACUUAACAUCCUGGAAUCUCUGGAGUCGCUGUGGGCUCCGGUCAUACUCCGAACAUUUACCAUUAUCAUAACCCUACUUCUUUCAAUUCCUCUUAUUGUAUAUGGACAAUACCGCUUUGUCAUUACAGUACUGUAUCUCAAUGCUUUCCUACGAACUAAAGAGAUGGUACUCAAUAGUUUAAAAACCCUCAAUAAUGAGCGUGCUGUUCUCAACCAGUACCGUUACGCUACAUCAGAUGAGUUAGCUGCCUUUGAUGAUGUGUGUGCAGUCUGCUUAAGUCCCAUGCGAUUGGCUCGUAUUACUCCUUGUCAUCACAUAUUCCACGGUGAUUGCCUUCGUCAGUGUCUUAAAGCUUCCGAUAACUGUCCCAUUUGCAAACGCGAACUUAAAUUUGAUUAAGUCCCAACUUGUAAAACAUCAGUCAGAAUGAGUAAUUGAUGUAUUAAAAUCAAAUGCAAUGGUCCAAAUAAUAUGUCUGGCAUAUCGCAUGUAACAUGUAAGAAUGAUUUAUAAAUAUUAUUAUUUAAAAUAAGUAUACAUUUCAAAAGCACUUUUCUUUUCAUUUUUCGUAAACGAACUAAACAAGCUGACAACUGUCUGUGAUGGUUAUGUUGUAAAAUUUCAACAGUAUGGCAGUCACAGCAAACUCGUGCCACUUAAGUUCCAGGGUUGUAAUAUUCAGGUUUGUUGAUAGACAACAGCAAAACUGACGGAACCAAUUACCCCAUUUGUACUGGCAGGUUUUAAAUUUAUCCUGAGAAUUAAAAGAAAGGAGGGGUUAUUUUUAUAUCUCCUAUGCAGCAUACAGCAAACUGAUUCCUUCUAGUGUACUUGUGUUUAAAAUCUAUGGAGCAACAAGAUUUCACACUCCAAAAAAUGUGUACCUCCCAUAGUGCAAGAGUUACAUUCCUAGACAAUUUUCUAAGCACCUCUGCCCAGCAGAAGUCAAUGUGAUACAGGGGGAUCGGGGUAGAUCUCUGUGAUGAGUUUAGAAUAAAUUUUGUCCUUGAAUAUGCAUUUCUUGGUCCCAGCAAUCACAAAGGAAGACAUGUCAAAUUGAGACAAAUAUUAGGGCAGUGUCAACAAAGACCUCUGCGGCAUUAAUGUUGUUAGACUGUAAGUUCUUAUUUCAAUUUUUCAUGUUAAAUAUGCUUUUGCACCAUGGGAGCUAUGCAUGAACUUAAUAUUUACCCUUUCAAAAAAGGAGAGUAAACUACUCACACACUUUUUGUUUAGAAGUAUCAUUUCAUAUCUGUUAUCAGACUUUGGUACAGCCGCAAUUCCUUUCAUAUCUUGUGAAAGAAGCAAGUGCAAUAAACAAUUUUACUUCUGCAACUUUUUCAUAUGUGAGCCUCCAAAAACACAAAACAUGACAUUUAAACUUACAUUGCUCUAGUGUACAAAAGCAUAAAAUGCGUGAGACUUCUGUUGUAAUCUUUCCUUACAAUAUUAUGACAUAGAAUGCUGUUUAAUUAUUGCCAUGUCUUAACUUUUAAUUGCAUCUUAUGUUACCUACAAAGCACAUGUGAACAUUAUUUGGUUGCAGCACCCAACCUUAUUGUAACUCUAAAUAAAAUACAGCAGGGUUGGUUACUUGUACAGAGCAAUAUAAAUAGGUACUUUUUAAUAUACAUUAUUUGAAUACUCAAGAAGUUAAUUUCAUAUUUAGUAGUCAUUAUCUCAAAAUGUCAGAAAAAAUAUGAAUCUUACAAUAUCCUUGGCUAAAACUUUUGGCUGCAAUCAAUGUCUGACAUAAUCAAUAUUCAUUUAAAUAUACCUAAAAAGCAUUUCAGUCUUCAUGUAAAGUGUUAAUAUAUGUUACAUUAUUUUAUGGUCAAGAUAUUAGAUUCUUGAAUACUGUUACAAAAUUACCUAGAACUACCCAUAAUAUAAAACAACUUACCUGUACUCUUUAUCAUAGUAUUAUUAUAAAUGGCUGAUUAAAUUAAGUUGGUUAUGAUGAUAGUCUGGGCAUAAAAACAUCAAAUUUCAUAUUGCUAUAAUGUUGUGUGUUUGAUUUAAAUUUAAUCACUAUCAAGUAUGGUAGCAGUGGUAACUGCUGUAUUAAUUUAAAUCAAUUAGUAAUUUUCCUUUAAUUAAAACAUGACACACUUGCAUCUGCACUCAUCAGUCAAGUAGUGACACGCUACACAUUUAUUUUGCCUGAUAUAUAAAAUAAAGUCAAAAUAUUUUAGAUAUAAUUACAUUAUGUGUUCUCACUUCAUGAUGACCUCUUACAAUUAAUUACCAACAUUAAAUUAAAUCAAUAAGGUAUCAUGUAUAUAUUUAAUACCCUGCUCCAUUCUGUAAAUAUAGUUCAAUGCACAGAAAGUUAGUAUAAAAUUGAAGAUGGCUGUCUUCUAUAACCUAAAAUUAUUGAAAUCAUCUACGCCACUGUGAACAGACCAGUUGUAGCCAUUAUUCCAAGAUUAUGCAGAGCCUGGUAACCUGCUAAGAUUGUGCAAGUGACUUUUGUAAUGCUGUUUAUAUGUUACACUGCUGUACUCUUCACUGUGAUGGAAACUUUAUAUUAUACAGUAUUCAAAACACAAAAGAAGAAUCAAUGAAAUGGGCUGUAUAUAAACUAUUGGUACUGUGCAACGUGUAAUGAAGUUCUUGUGUAUGUCUUUAGAGAUGUCAAUUGUUGCUUUUAAGUCUUUUAUACUGUAAAUCCAUGUUAUUUUAUUACUAAUGUAUGUUUAAUGCAUAUAUAUUAAAUAUAAUUUAAUUAUAAAAUA